AUGCCCGCACUGUCGGUUGCUCUGGACGAGGCAGUACCCACAGGGCGUUUCGAGACGUCUUCUGACCGCCGUUCGAUAGCAAUGCCAACCAUCGCGGGUGCUGUUACCGGCAGCUGCAUAGGUGUUGCGUGGAUUGUGGGGCUCAUCUUGUGGUUCAUCAAGCGAAGACAAAGGUGGAACAGAGCUCGCAGGGCUGGGCUGAAAACCCAUCGGCAGCUGCCAGACACUGUGCCGAAGCCCGAAGCGUACAUAAUUCCUCCCGAUCCUGCAAUCAUUGAAGGUGCUGGGAAGCCGAGGGAGGUGGCGUACAGAGACGAUCCUGCUACAGACGACUUCGACAACACUAGACGCGCCAAGACCGUGCCGCUUGCUCGCAACCAGAAGAGCAUAAAUGCGGGCGAACCCGUAUAUUAUCCACCAGCUGUAAACCCUGCAUCUAUGCCCUGGCGAGCUUUCACUGUGGUAGACUCGUCACCGCCCAUACCAACAAACAUACCGGAGGAUGAACUUCCACUCUCGCCUCACGAUCCUGAGCGGAGCAAUUAUCCGCCACAUUACUGA